UUUAUUUAUUUAUUUAUUUAUUUUUUCCGUUGGCCCACCACCCAUCGCCCUCGGGUGAGGACACCGGGAUCCCGCGGCUCGCGCACGAGCACCACGAACUUUCUUCUCCGCCGUCCCACUACACCUCCCGUCGCGCCGCCGAGCGACGGCGCGCAUCCGCCUCCUCCGCUCCGCCUCUCCCGCCGCCGCCCUGCCUCCCGCGCCGUCACGCCUCUCAUCGCCGCCCCGCCUCCCUCCGUCGUUUCUGGCUGCGGGGCUUCUUCUCCGUCGCCGGCUACGCGCGUGGAUCCAGGGUCAGCGGCGUCCGUCCCGCGUGAGAAGGGAGACGGAGACGGGAGUUUGUCAUGGCAUCAAAGCGUAUCCUCAAGGAGCUGAAGGACCUGCAGAAAGAUCCCCCCACAUCAUGCAGUGCCGGUCCUGCUGGUGAGGACAUGUUUCAUUGGCAAGCAACAAUUAUGGGACCACCUGACAGUCCCUAUGCUGGCGGUGUUUUCUUAGUGAACAUUCAUUUCCCGCCGGAUUACCCCUUCAAACCUCCAAAGGUUUCUUUCAAGACAAAGGUCUUCCAUCCUAAUAUCAACAGCAAUGGAAGUAUAUGCCUUGACAUUCUCAAAGAGCAGUGGAGCCCUGCUUUGACAAUUUCUAAGGUCCUGCUCUCCAUCUGUUCCCUGUUGACUGACCCCAACCCGGACGACCCUCUUGUCCCUGAGAUUGCCCACAUGUACAAGACGGACCGGCCGAAAUAUGAGUCAACAGCUCGCAGCUGGACGCAGAAAUAUGCGAUGGGCUGACGAUUACCUUCUGCUCAUCCCCUGGCGAUUCUCGUGCGGUCUCAAGAAACGUUCAUGGGCGUCAUUGUUUCCUUGGGUUUGUUGCUGGUCGUGUGUAUCCCUGAUCCAUCUAGGAUCCUAUUGUAGUCGGUGUCGGCCUACCAUCAUUGCCAUCCAUAGUGAGGUGGCUGGACAUGCUUUUGCCUAUGCACCUAUGCUUGCUGGGAUACCUUCCUUCGGGUCGGUGCUAUUUGGUAAAUGUUCAUCGAAGACGUUGAUUUCGUUGUCUCUGGCUUUUGCAUGCCCAUGUGAAUCAUUUUGAAUGUAAUCUGUUCCUUACUAUGUUCUCA